GAGAGAGAGACAGAGAGAGAGAUGUCACAUGGCAGCUCUGUAUAUUUGUCACCCUGUCCACUUCCCUCAUAAUUAUUGAACAUAUAUUUCAGCAAAAUCUAUCCUCACUCUUAAAUCUCUUAUCAAUGGCGUAGCUACUAUCCAUAAUAAAAAUCCAGUCUUGCUGGGAAAAACAAAAUGGAGCACCACCCCCACCACCACCCCUAUCUCCGCCCACUCCUCUUCCUCAUCCUAUCUCUCUCCUCCUCCGCCAUAGACGGCGACGACGACUCACGCCUCCUCCUCUCCUUUAAGCACUCACUCCCCAACCCCGACCAACUCCCCAACUGGCAGCCCACAAUCUCCCCAUGCAAUUUCAGCGGCGUCUCUUGCAAACACGCCCGCGUCUCCUCAAUCCACCUCUCCAACCACCCUCUCCACACCGAUUUCUCCACACUCGCUCAAUUCCUCCUCCCCCUCCAACACCUUCAAUCCCUCCUCCUCAAAAACGCCAACAUCUCCGGCACACUCCACCUCCCUUCCAAAUUCUCAUGCCCCACUUCCUUCACCUCUUUAGACCUCGCCCAAAACCAGAUUUCCGGCCCCGUUUCCGACGUUUCAGCUCUCGGUCUCUGCCCCAAUUUGGUAUCCCUCAAUCUCUCUGGCAAUUUCAUGACGCCUUUUGAUGAACAAGCCCCACCGCCAGGGCUAAUGUUGCUCCAAUUUAUCGAUCUCUCUUACAACAAAAUCUCUGGAGAAAACGCGGUUUCUUGGCUUUUGUCGAGCACUAAGUUUCCGGAGCUUCGACACUUGUCUUUGAAGGGAAACAAUUUCUCCACUGGAUUUCCCGUUUUGAGCGAUUGUGAGAAUUUGAUUCAUCUAGACUUAUCUUCCAACAAAUUCUACGGCGAAGUUGAUUUUUCCAUUUGCCAGAAACUCAGAUUCCUUAAUCUUACCAAUAACCAGCUCACUGGUGCAGCUCCUAACCCGAUUGGGAGCUUGCAGUUUCUCUACCUUAAACAGAAUCAUUUCCAUGGUGUUUUUCCGUUGUCUUCCUCUAAUUCUUGCUCGUCUCUUUUGGAAUUGGAUUUGUCUGUAAACAAUUUCAGCGGCAAACUGCCUGAAAAGCUUGGGGAUUGCUCUCUUCUCGAGCUCCUCGACGUCUCUGUCAACAACUUCUCCGGCGAAUUUCCGGUGGAGACAUUCUUGAAACUCAGCAGAUUGAGGGUUUUGAAGAUGUCUUUCAAUUAUUUCGUGGGCCCAGUAGCGGAUUCCCUCUCCGGAUUGGUAAAUUUGGAGACUUUGGAUUUGAGCUCCAAUAGUCUCUCUGGUUUGAUCCCUUCACAGCUCUGUCAAGAUCCAAGGAACAGCUUCAAAGUGUUGUACCUUCAGAACAAUCUGUUAACUGGUGUUGUACCUGAGAGCUUAAGCAAUUGCUCUAACUUGGCCUCCCUUGAUCUCAGUUUCAACUAUUUGACUGGGACAAUCCCACCUAGCUUAGGUUCUCUGUUCCAGCUCAGAGAUAUGAUCUUGCUGUUUAAUCAAUUAAGGGGUGAAAUCCCACAAGAGUUGAUGCAGUUGCAGAGCUUGGAGAAUCUCAUUCUUGAUUUCAAUUACUUGAGAGGGUCUAUUCCUGCUACCCUCAGCAACUGCACCAAGUUGAACUGGAUUUCUCUGUCCAACAACCAGUUGAGUGGUGAGAUACCGGCCUCUCUGGGGCGUCUCUCGAAUCUAGCGAUUCUGAAGCUCGGGAACAACUCGUUGUCCGGGAUGAUCCCGGGUGAGUUGGGGGACUGCAGGAGCUUGAUUUGGCUCGACCUCAACACCAACUUUUUGAAUGGGACCAUUCCACCGCCUCUGUUCAAGCAGUCCGGCUACAUUGAUGUGGCGUUGCUGACCGGGAAGAGUUACGUGUACAUCAAGAACAACGGAAGCAAUCACUGCCAUGGAGCCGGGAAUUUGCUUGAGUUUGGAGGAAUUAGGGAUGAGGGGUUGAGCAGGGUGUCGAGGAGGCAUCCCUGCACCGUUGGCUUCGUCUGGAGGGGCAUCACUCAGCCUAAUUUCAACCACAAUGGUUCCAUGAUAUUUCUUGACCUUUCGUAUAAUAACUUGGUUGGUAGCAUUCCUAUAGAGCUUGGUUCCAUGUUUUACUUGUUUGUGCUCAACUUGGGGCAUAAUGGCCUCUCCGGGCCUAUUCCCGAUGAGCUUGGAGGCCUAAAAAACGUUGCGAUUCUUGAUUUGUCGUUCAAUAAGUUGAAUGGAACCAUCCCACCGUCGUUAACUAGUCUCAGGCUCGGAGAUAUUGAUCUGUCCAACAACAAUCUGAGUGGGAAGAUCCCAGAAUCUGCUCCACUUGAUACAUUCCCGGAUUAUCGAUUUGUGAAUAACUCUGGACUUUGUGGAUACCCUCUUAGCCCGUGCAGCUCCUCAGCAUCGGGUGGAGGAAACGGGGCGAGGCCUAAGAGGAGAGAAGCAUCCCUUGUAGGGAAUGUGGAAAUGGGGCUGGCCUUGUCUCUCUUUUGCAUAUUCGUUGUUAUGGUUGUGGUUAUGGAGAUGAACAAGAGGCGGAGAAGGGAUGAGGGGGCAGGUGGGGAGGCCUACCCGGAGAAGCAAUCAAGCUCAUCGGGUAACAUGGUGUGGACACGUGAGGCGCUAAGCGUUAAUCUCUCAACUUUUGAUGAGAGGCCUAUGCAGAGGCUCACAUUUGGUGAUCUUGUGGAGGCCACAAACGGGUUCCACAGUGGCGCCCUCAUUGGUUCGGGAGGGUUUGGAGACGUGUACAAGGCCGUGUUCAAGGAUGGGUCUGUGGUGGCAGUGAAGAAACUGAAGCAUGUGAGUGGGCAAGGUGAUAGGGAAUUCGUUGCUGAGAUGGAGACGAUAGGUAGGAUCAAGCAUCGGAAUCUAGUGCCGUUGUUAGGGUACUGCAAGGUGGGGGAGGAGCGGCUUCUGGUUUACGAGUAUAUGAUGCACGGGAGCCUAGAAGGGGUGCUGAAGAAGCUGAGCUGGCCGAUGAGGCGUAGGGUGGCGGUUGGGGCGGCCCGGGGAUUGGCCUUCCUCCACAGCUGCAGCCCCAACAUCAUUCAUAGAGACAUGAAGUCGAGCAAUGUACUGAUUGAUCAGAAUUUUGAGGCGAGGGUGUCGGAUUUUGGGAUGGCGAGGGUGAUGGAGAGUGUGGUCGACACGCACCUAAGUGUGAGCACGCUGGCUGGGACGCCUGGGUACGUGCCCCCAGAGUACUACCAGAGCUUCAGAUGCUCGACCAAGGGGGACGUGUAUAGCUACGGAGUGGUGAUGCUGGAGCUCCUGACGGGGAGGCGCCCCACGGACCAGUCGGAUUUUGGGGACGACAAUCUGGUGGGGUGGGUGAAGGAGUGUGCGAGGAUGAAGCUGGCGCGUGUGUUUGAUCAUCGGUUAAUAGCGGGGCAUCCCGAGUUGGAGAUGGAGCUGUUGCAGCAUUUGAAGAUCGCGUGCGCUUGUUUGGAUGAUCGGCCGUCGAAGCGACCUACGAUGAUCCAAGUCAUAGCCAUGCUGAAGGAGAUUCAGGCUGGAUCGGGGAAUCUUGAUGCCGACGUUGAAGGUAUCGAGAUGACCAACUGGUCGUGAAACACUAUUUCGGUUCUGAUUCCGAUUCCGAUUCCGAUUAAACAGCUGCACCCACACAUAUAGUACUAGUAUUUAUGUAGUGAUUCGGAUGUGGUAGGUUCUUUUGAAAUGUGCAGUGUAAAUACGUAGUUUUUGAGUUUGCAUCAAUUAAAUAUUUGCAUAGUAUAUAAUACUA